AUGCUCAUGUCGUGUCGUAUGCUUAUCUUCGUGUCAAAUGGAUCUUUAUUUUCUUUCUCUGUUGUCGAUUCACUCAUCAAGAUAGUGUUGGAGCGAUUCACCACUGCUAUCCGAAUGGCAACCAAUGCGUUCCUGAACGAUGCAAAGGUGGUGUCCAUCGCUAAUGGUGAAUUGUCAUCACUGGCGUUAAACAAUGAAGCAAUGGACGCUAGUAAGCCUCCACAACCUUCACCUGAAGUAUUGCCGGACGAAAUUUGCGUGUAUAGUAACGCCGUAGUUGAAGCUUUGAAUGGGUUGCUCCGAGCCCUAUGCUGUGCUACACCGGCGAAAAGGACGUCAGCCAGAAAGGAGUUCACCCCAUCAUUCACUACAGGAUCCCAGGGACUAGGAUGUCGUACGUCUUCAUCUUUAAAGAAGAAACCAGAGGAGUGA